GGGAGACGGAUCGUGGCAGAGCAGAGAUGUAGUGUAGCUCGCUGAGACUCCGUGGCCAGCCGUCUGUCACUUUUACCGGGGAUCAUUUGUCUGACAUCGCCGCGGAAUGGGAAGGACCGGAUUUAUAAUUUUGCACAGUUCCACUGCAUGAACGUGUCGCGUGAUGCGACCGAGAAGAGCUGCCUGCGGGGGGAAAUAUUUAUGGUUCGGGACGGUUUUGUUGGAGUAGCUAGUUGCUAGCGCUGGGCUAGCGACUGUGCUGGCUACUUCGAACGUAUUUGUUAAGGAUGCUACGGUGGAUACGACAACAGCUGGGCUUUGACCCCCCUCAUCAGAGCGACACCAGGACGGUUUAUGUAGCAAACCGUUUCCCCCAGCAUGGCCACUACAUACCACAACGCUUUGCUGACAACAGAAUCAUUUCCUCCAAGUACACAAUUUGGAAUUUUGUCCCUAAGAAUCUGUUUGAGCAGUUCAGAAGGAUAGCCAACUUCUAUUUUCUCAUCAUCUUCCUUGUGCAGUUAAUGAUAGACACCCCAACUUCCCCAGUCACCAGCGGCCUGCCUCUCUUCUUUGUGAUCACAGUAACUGCUAUAAAACAGGGCUAUGAGGAUUGGCUGAGACACAAGGCGGACAACGAGGUGAAUGGUGCUCCAGUGUUUGUGGUUCGCAGUGGAAGUCUGGUCCAGACAAGAUCCAAGAACAUCAGGGUGGGGGAUAUUGUUCGUGUAGCUAAAGAUGAGACGUUCCCAGCUGACCUGGCACUGCUGUCGUCAGAUCGUGCAGAUGGCACCUGUCACAUCACCACAGCCAGCCUCGAUGGAGAAACCAACCUUAAGACUCACUACUCCGUGGCGGAGACCUCAGUGUGUCAGUCGGUAACCCAACUGGAGGCUCUGCAGGCUGUGGUGGAGUGUCAACAACCGGAAGCGGACUUGUACAGGUUUGUCGGUCGGAUUACGGUGACUCAACAAGGAGAGGAGAUUGUCAGACCGCUGGGCCCAGAGAAUCUGCUGCUGCGAGGAGCCAGGUUGAAAAAUACCAAAGAGAUUUUUGGUGUGGCUGUUUACACGGGGAUGGAGUCCAAAAUGGCCCUCAACUAUAAGUGCAAGUCCCAGAAACGCUCUGCUGUAGAGAAGUCCAUGAAUACCUUCCUAAUCAUCUACCUGGGCAUCUUGCUGUUCGAGGCUGUCCUCAGCACCAUCCUGAAGUAUGCCUGGCAGGCUGAGGACAAAUGGGACGAGCCUUUCUACAACCAGAAGACUGAACAAGAGAGAAACAGCAGUCCGAUCUUAAAGUUCAUCUCAGACUUCUUGGCGUUUCUGGUCCUCUAUAACUUCAUCAUCCCCAUCUCACUCUACGUUACUGUGGAGAUGCAGAAGUUUCUGGGCUCAUUUUUCAUUGGCUGGGAUUUAGACCUUUACCAUGAGGAGAGCGACCAGAAAGCUCAGGUCAACACCUCUGACCUCAAUGAGGAGCUGGGACAGGUGGAGUAUGUGUUUACAGAUAAGACGGGUACGCUAACGGAAAAUGAGAUGCAGUUCCGUGAAUGUUCAAUUAACGGAACCAAGUACCGAGAAGUUAACGGCAAACUGGUACCAGAGGGAAUGACUGACGAUUCUCCAGAUGGUUCUACGCCUCAUCUGAUUGGAGAGGAACUGUUAUUUCUCAAGGCGGUGUCAUUGUGUCACACGGUUCAGAUCAGCUACGACCAGCCAGACUGCCUGGUUGGGGGAGGAGACCCAUUCUCCCAUGUAAAUGGUUUCUCCUCCAAUCACAUGGAAUACUACGCCUCUUCACCAGACGAGAAAGCUUUAGUAGAGGCAGCAAAGAGGAUUGGAGUGGCCUUCACUUGCAGCAAUGGGGAGACCAUGGAAAUCAAAACAUUUGGCAAGUCAGAGAAAUAUAAACUGCUCCAUGUGUUAGAGUUUGAUGCUGACCGCAGGAGGAUGAGCGUCAUACUGCAGACUCCCUCAGGAGGCCAAGUGCUGUUCACCAAGGGUGCAGAGUCUGCCAUCUUACCUUUCACUACCAGUGGAGAGAUAGAAAAGACAAGACUACACGUUGAUGAGUUUGCAUUGAAAGGUUUGCGAACCUUGGUUGUAGCGUGUCGCCACUUCAGCCCGGAGGAGUACAUUGAUGUGGACAGGCGUCUGAACGCUGCUCGCACCGCGCUGCAGCAGAGGGAGGAGAGACUGCAGGAGGCCUUCAGCUUCAUUGAGAGGGACCUGCAGCUGCUGGGAGCAACGGGGGUUGAGGACAAACUCCAAGACAAAGUCCAGGAGACCAUUGAGGCUCUGCGACUGGCAGGGAUCAAAGUGUGGGUGCUGACAGGGGACAAACAUGAGACGGCGGUCAGCGUCAGCCUGUCCUGUGGCCACUUCCACAGAACCAUGAACAUUUUAGAGCUUCUGCAGCAACAUUCUGAUAACGAAUGUGCUGAGCAGCUCCGCAGACUGGCGAGGAGGAUAAAGGAAGACCACGUCAUACAGCACGGGUUAGUCGUGGAUGGGGCCAGUCUGUCAUUAGCGUUGAGGGAACACGAGAAGCUCUUCAUGGAAGUGUGUAAAAACUGUUCUGCUGUGCUGUGCUGCCGCAUGGCCCCGCUGCAGAAAGCAAAGGUUGUGCGUCUUUUAAAAACCUCUCCGGAGAAACCCAUCACCCUAGCUAUUGGUGAUGGAGCCAAUGAUGUCAGUAUGAUACAGGAAGCUCAUGUGGGCAUAGGUAUCAUGGGGAAGGAGGGUCGUCAGGCCGUGAGAAACAGUGACUAUGCAAUUGCCAGGUUUAAGUUCCUGGCUAAACUUCUGCUGGUCCACGGUCACUUCUACUACAUUCGAAUAGCUACGCUUGUACAGUACUUUUUCUACAAGAAUGUGUGUUUUAUCACGCCCCAGUUUUUAUACCAGUUCUUCUGUCUGUUUUCACAACAAACUCUGUAUGACAGUGUUUAUCUGACACUGUACAACAUCUGCUUCACGUCGUUGCCCAUUCUAGUGUACAGUUUGUUUGAACAGCUGGUCCAUCCACACGUGCUGCAGAACAAACCUGGCCUGUACAGGGACAUCAGCAAGAACUCUCUGCUGUCUUUCCGAACGUUCCUGUACUGGACUCUGUUGGGCUUCUGUCACGCCUUCGUGUUCUUCUUUGGAUCCUACAUACUGAUGGGAGAAGACACCACACUUAUGGGCAAUGGACAGAUGUUUGGGAACUGGACAUUUGGAACGCUGGUCUUUACUGUCAUGGUCAUCACAGUCACAUUAAAGCUUGCUUUGGAGACUCAUUUCUGGACGUGGAUGAACCAUUUUGUGACGUGGGGUUCGAUUGCCUUCUACUUCAUCUUCUCUCUCUUUUAUGGAGGCAUCAUCUGGCCGUUCCUCCACACCCAGGACAUGUACUUUGUAUUCGUACAGCUGUUGUCCAGCGGUUCUGCGUGGUUCGCCAUCAUCAUUAUCGUUAUAACUUGCCUCUUUCCUGAUGUGUUGAAGAAGGUCUUCUACCGGCACCUGCAGCCCACCAGCACACAGAAGAGUCAGUCUCUAUCAGCCUCCCAGGCGCAGGCCCUCAGCUGUGUGGAGUCCCUGUGCUGCUACCAACAUGGGCAGAGCGGCUGUUCCCGCCUGGCCCGCCUCCUGGAGCAAAUGACUGGGCAGUGCCAGGCCAGCGCCAACCAUUGCCACGCAUCCAGCCGCAGCAACAGGUGGGGCGGACGACGACAAGAAACAAUGAUUAUGAACCCAGAUGAACCGGCACCACCUCUUGGUGUCAAAAAUUUGGGCAGUCCUGACUGUUUUAGCCCCUAAUGUGGCUACAACUCUACUGUCUUGGAGCGAUACGGAGAACUUCUACUCCAACGAUCGCAGUAUCCUGACGCUGUCGCCCAUGGAGGCCACCCACUGCUGACUCCCAGGGCCGCUGACUGUAACAGGCAGAACUGGGGGAGACUCCACUAGGAGAAUAUAAUCACCCUCCUGCCUCCAUUUUAUAAACUUACUUCAGUUUAAGCUCAGUGCAUUCUCAGCUGGAUGCAACACAGACUCUUGUGAAACCAAAGGACUCAGCUUGAUGCAGCAGGCUGCUUUCUUCUUCAUCAAUUUGUUUCCCCCAGUGAAUCAGUCCUUAGUAGCAACGUUGAGAAGGACAUCAGACGGGAGCUGCAACAUGGAAGGAAAUAAAACAUGAAGUGUGGCGCAAGUCAGCAUGGCAUGAAGCUGACAUCUGUGGAGCUACUCAUGAAGGAAGACCCGAUCAACCUCUGAGCAUAUCGAAAAACAUUUAAAUUCAAGACAUUUUUUAAGGUCAAAAUAAGAUAUGUCAGCUCACAGGUGCUCCCCUCUGAGAUCAGCCCGGGUACAUGAACUCUAAUGCAGCUAUUUAUUUUUUCAGCACAGUUGCCAAACUUAUUUUUUCAUGCAACUGGCAUUAAAAUGACCUUGUAAGUCUCAUAUAUAUAUUUGUAGACACAGAAUGGAGACUCUGAUGGACAUCUUGCUAGCUGAUGUCAGGCAGCAGUCCUGCUCGAAGCAUUGCAGCCUGUAAGGACUGUAACCUAAACAAGCUGGUUUCGACAUGUUGAUUAAACUCAACACAGGACUGAGGUGGCUUAUAGACCCCGAUAUCCAGGAUGUAGCACCAGGACAGAAGCUCCGUGAAGUCAGACUACAUUAGGGGGAGGAGGAUCUCUGAGAUGUCAGCUAGCAGCUAAGGCCGAACAUCAUGUUGCUUCCAUAAACUGCUGCAUUAACUUUCUCUUUGAGCCCUUGGCCCCGCUGCACCUUCGUUUCUCAUUCAGAUGGAAAGGCAAAAAGUUAGACUACCUGUAGCUUUCAGAGCUUUACUGGUUCUGCUAACGUCUAGACUAGUUUCCUUAGGACCUACAGUACUCCGUAGAUACUGUACAAGGAGAUUCAUCUCUCUCAUGGAACCAAAGACCAAAAGAUUCAAACUGGAGUUUAAAGAAAAAAGUGUUUAUUUUUGUGCCUGAUUGUACAGAAGCUUAUAUCGUUGUUAAGAAGACUAUCGUUAUUGUUAGUGCUGCUUUCUCGUCGGACUGUUCAGGCCCGUCUCCCCGCUGCAUUGCUCUGAAGGAGGCCGGAUGGGGUCUGUUUGAAAAGCCAUACAUUUUCAAGAGCUUAUAUUGUAGAUUAUCAAAGGUACUGCAGAUUGAAGCUGUUUGAGCCUGUUGUUACUUAGUGUCUGGAAACUUGUUCCCCUUAAAUGCCCUUUUCUCAUUCAGCCGGGUUAGCAAAAGCAUCUUAGCAUUAAAGACCGCGACGCUUGGGGAGUAUUUUGAGGUAACGGGGUCAGUGCUGAAAGCUGACUUAAUGAGGUUUUAUAGGUAGAAUCAUCCCUCUCAGUCGCCUGAAAAUAUUACCCGAAUAUCAGAUCAGAUAAUGGUACCAAUUUUUUUCACUUUCUUUCCUAAACAAGACAAAAUGGCUUUAAUGGCGAGACGCUUUUCCAAAUCACGGCUGCCGCAUGUCGACCCAGACAGCAGAAUGUCUCUAUCUUUAGAGAGAUAGCUAUAUCAGAUGAAUAUAACUCAGCUUCUACCGAGAUGAAAAGAAUAGCAGAGCGUUUGCACAAGUCACAUAUCAAAACCACAUUUAGUUGUUUCUCAAACCAUUACUCGUCUGUCACCAUUGAAAUCAUCUGAAUCAUGUUUUUGCUGUUAUGUUGUUCUGUCCACCUGUUGAUGAAGUGUGUGAAUCUGUGUGUGUUUGUGUUUCUUGUGUGGCAGCCAUGUUGGUUGAAGGAAGUAUGGUACGUAGCAUUGUUUUAAACUCUUUGUAUGCUCUCAGUGGCCACAUGUUGCCCGCAGGUCAAAGGUAAAAAAAAAAAUUUAUGCUUGGUUUGGCGUCUCUUCUCCCAAAAAAAAAAUAGGUGAAAUGUAGAAAUGUUUCAAGACAACCGUUUUAAACUUGACAUCAACGACUGGUACGUGCCUCAGCUCAGACAGGAAACAUACUGAGUCAUAGGAUUUGUCUGUUGCUAUGGUUACUGUUUCAACAAAUCAGAGAGUCAGUAAUGUUUUCGUCAGUUGUUUAUUUUCUGUACGGUACACAUUGUUUGAUGCACACCUGGGCCUGUUAUAUCAUCUCUUUUCAUACAGGUUCAACUGACAGUGAAAGUGUCUAUUUAUUAUUGUACUUUUUUUUUCUGUGUUUGUUUUGAACUUCUCUGACAUAUCAUUAUAAAUGUGAGUCCUGUACAUGACCUGAACGCGGAAACUUCCCACAAUGUUUUACUUGAUCUCAGACACAUAAUUGGGAGGAUGUAGCUCCGUGUUAGCUGUUUUUGUGUUUGACCUGAAAAGCAACAGUGCAGGUGGCAGCUGUCUGACAUAAACAGGAUGUUUGUAAUGUUACAGGACAAUUCAAUGAGCAUAAGGACAUUUUGAAACUUCCAGUUAGAUCACUCUGUCGUGCAACCCAACAGAGUCUUAUCAGGCCACAUUUACACAGGAAAUUACUUUCCUUUUUUUAAACUUAUCUGAUAUUAAAAAGUGUACCUGGA